UCUAAUUCUCAAUCGUGACACGGCGUAUGCUAACGAAUUGGAUAUAUUCCGUGCGGUUUGUCACUGGAUCAAAAAGAACCAAGACCACCUUCAUCUUAACGAUAAAACCAACAUUUUAUCGGCCGUCAGAUAUCAGCUAAUGGAUGAAGAAGAACUGUCUGAAGUUAGGCGAUCAGAGCUGGUUCGUUCGAAUAUAAUUAUUUUAGAUGUCAUAAAGAAGUCCCUCACACAAACGUUAAAUAAUCGAGGACGAUUGGAACCAAAUGUGAAUUUCGCUCAAGAAGAUUCGAUAGAGCAUUUUCAUAUUGACGGCAGUACCAUGAUCAUGUUGAAUCAACCAUCGAGUAUAAACUAUAUCGAAAUGGAAUUAUAUGAUUGGAAUUUCUCCUAUUACAUUGAAGUAUCAAUAGAUAAGUACAGUUGGUUUCGUGUGAUUGAUCAUUCAAAUUACGAUUGUCGGUCAACUCAACGUUUGUGGAUUAACCGAAUAUAUGUUAGAUACAUCCGUAUUGUUGGCACUAAAAAUACCCUUAAUAAGACUUUUACUUUUAAAAUUUUAAAAGUCAUGUACAAUACGGACAAAUUGCACUUGGUGGAAAUCAAAAACGGAUUAGUUGCUCCAAAGUACAAUGUUGCUUUACCAUCUAUGGAUGCGACUGUAAUCAAAGGAAUUCCAAAUUGGAUUAUCUACAGAAUGGAGAAAUCGCUCGAAAAGAUUCAAAACAACAUUUUGUAUGAUGACUAUAAAAACUUCCUUUUUGAUCGUGGAUAUACAUAUCACGAGGUGAAUUUGGGGUGUAUAGAGGUUCAACUCGCACAACCGUAUGUGCUAAGUUCAAUGAGGAUACUGCUUUAUGACCGCCAUAAGUAUACCUACGGUUACACUGUUCAUGUUUCAGUCAAUCAUAAAGAUUGGGACAUGAUUAUCGAUAAAUCCAAUAAAUCGUGCCGAUCGUGGCAGUCGUUGCAAUUUGAACAAAGGCUGGUAGUGUACAUACGUAUUACUGGCGUUCAAUCUUCAGAUACUGACAGAACAUUUAAUUUAAAAUAUUUGGAGGCACCCGAUCAAGUAUCGCUAGAUUCCAUCAUCAAAAAACCGUGGAAGUCGAUGUUGUCGCUUUUAAAUCGGAAAUAGCGCCACCAUUCGCC